ACUAUCUCUGUAUCAGUGAUGACACUGUGUGCUAUAUCUGUCGAGAGAUGGUAUGCCAUAUGUCACCCUCUGCGAUUUCAUAGUACCGUGAGACGCGCCAGAUAUAUCAUUGUAAUCAUUUGGGUGGCUUCAGCAUGUAUCGCCAUUCCCGAGCUUAUCACUUCCACAGUUAUACCUUUACGACCAGACACUGUGUUGUUGUCAGCAUGUUAUCCAGCUUUAUGGGGCGACGAGAUCAUUGUUAUCUUCCAAAUCUGUUUGAUGGUUGGACUGUACUUCCUUCCUAUAGCCAUGAUGGCCUUCAGUUACAUCCACAUCGCAUUAGUCCUCUGGAGAGGCAGUAUUUCUGAAACUAUUGAGCUAAGGGCAAGAAAGCCAAUGAUAGCUGGUGGUAUACGGGUACAUGAAAAUAUAGGACAAAUCGAAAGUAGAAAAAAGGCUGUCCGGAUGUUGGUAGCAGUUGUUGUAGUGUUUGCUCUUUGUUUUCUGCCCAACCAUACUUUGAAUAUAUUAAGAUACACCGGACAACUUCAGACCGUGCCAAAUAAACGUGUAUUUGCUCUGUUUGCACACUGGGCAACAUUCUUUAAUAGCUGCAUUAAUCCUGUAAUCUACAAUUUUAUGAGUGAGUCCUUUAGAAAAGCUUUUAAAGACGUCUUGGUGAGAUCAUGUUGUCGGAAAACCCAAAGGCUUAGGCAGAGACCGAGCUCCUAUCACAUGUCUUUUACUGGCAGUCGCAGUAGAUUCAGCAAUAACAUCACUUUGUGAUGUCGUCGUUUAAUUAGUGACGAUAAGCAGAUUAUUGCAUGGGCUUUAUUAAUGUUGUAAAAGCUUUAAGAGAACAUUGUGAAACAAACUGAUAUUAUUUAUUUGCUGGUCAGCAAUAUAAGUGUUAUAACUUCCAAUCUCCGAGCCUGUAGAACUAAUUAUCAAUUUCUGAAAGACUAAUAAGAUGUUACAACACUGGUUUGAUGUAACAUAAAAAUGGUUGCACGUGAUACGUAUCGUUUGUUGACUGUGAACGGUUGGAAUGUAGUUCUUUAAAUUGUAGCUUUUUUGAGCCCAGAACUGAUCUACUUUGAUUAUUUAGGUUAGAUUUUUCAGAAAUGGUAUAAUUGCCAGAGAGCAGUACUUUUAACUUACUAAUUACAUAGGGCCCAGGUCACAUAAUAGACCAUCAUUGCGAAAACGAAAAUCUUAUUUUCAGUAUUCAAAUACAAAAAAUGUACUACUUUAGCACAAGAAUAAUCAUGUAUUCUCCCUUUAUCGUCGUAGCAUAUAACUUUGUUGUUUUUGUUGUUGUCUUGAAGUAAACGCUGUACAUUUGGCUACUUAACAUAAAUGUCACGCUAUAGUGUAGGAAUUUAGGUAUGUAUCAUACGGCCUAAUGACUACCGUUGUUUUACGUCGUCGCCGACGCACGAUUUACAAGAAAGCUACAUUUAUUGUUAUUGUUCAUGUAAAUUUUGAUGUUUACGUCAGCCAUAGUCACCGAUGUGUGCUGGGAUACUUUAACGUUCGUUGUCAAUAGCAGCUGCUUUCAGUGCAUUUUUUUGCUAUAAUAAAUGUAAAUCACCAUUUUUGAAAAAAAUCAAAUAUCGACGGUUAUGCCAUGGAACAAGUCAUUUUUAAAACGCAUAUUACAAUAAUUUCCUAUUCAAUUUCCAUCACGUUUGUGCAUGCUUCCGUACAAAACGGAUCAAUUCAGAACGUCACGAUUUACGAACGUCUAGGACUGCACAUCAAUAAAAACGAACAGUCGAAUACUUUUCCUAAGAAGUUCUUGUUCGUUUUCUUACAAAUAGUUUAGAUAGGCUUGGAAAUGUCCGACUACAGUCAGUUUUACAAACAGCUUUCUAGCCUGUGUUACUGCUAAAAAAACAGUAACCUACAAAGUAAAUGGUACUAAACCAGCUUGAUGUUUGAUAUAGGUUAAAAGAUCGUUCAAAAUCGGCAAUACAAGAUCUUACAAAUAGUCGGCAACACCUAGAAUGUGAUGAAAUGGAUUUUAUUGUUAUUUUGUAAGUAAUAUAGGCCUCCGAUACAAACUAGAUCUCGUAAUAAAUAUCCGUGUUAUAAUUAGCCGAUUUUCGUCCAUUUCAAUGAAUGAAAUUUACGUCUGAGGUGUGCGCCGUUUCAGAAUCAACAUUUAACAUGAACAAAUUUGUUUGUAUUUGAAUAUCAUCAUAGCAUAAAACUAGAGAAAAGGCAUCUAUUAAAAUCGGUGAAAUUUGAACAGUAUACUAGAUAGAGUGCUGAGGAGUUAAAUUUACAUUACACGCUACCCCUUGGUAUCCCUUAGAUUACGCAAGUGUGGCAGGACUAUUUCCGACACUCGAAUAUAUGUUAUUCUUUAAAUUAUUUGAUCUGAUUCAUAUCUACGAAUUCAGCUCCAGAUGAGUGUCAACUUUUGACAUGUUACCACAUAUACGAGGGUCGUUCAGUAAUAAUUUGAUGCCAUAUCUUCAUAACUUGCCAAUAAAGACGCCUUAAGUUUGUAUCCAUUAUUUGAGUACUGUGGUCAUUUGUUUAAGUAAGAGGUAUGCACUGCGGUCCACGUCAGCACAUCUUCAUAAGUUCAAUUUUGUUUACAAAAUAUUUCGUAAUUAAUUAAAUGAUGUAUCUAAAUCUUUUGAAAAUACACUUCUGUGAUUAAAGACAAGUGUAUCAUGCAAAGAAUUAUUAUUAUUAUUAUACCAGAUUUACAUAGUUCAAAUGCAGCCACACAGGGCGCAUAAUUCAUCCUCUACUAGUACAGACACAGAGCGAUCUGACCAGAGGGACAGAGUGAGACAAAGUCCCCACGACAGAGAGAUCAGAAAUCAGAUACAGGCUUGUCUGGCUAACUUAGCCUAGCUCGUUGCGAAUAGACAGCCUAGUUCUUUAACGUGCCCAGUGUAUAGGCACUGAUACACGCAAGGAUUGCCUGGGUUCCUGACCAGUACACCUCUAGUUGGGUGGGAAACACCGAAAAGCGUUUCUGAAAAUUCCCGAGUAGCUGCCGGGGAUCGAACCCCCGACCUCAGGAUUGGAAGGCCAGUGUGCAAACCACUGAGCUAUCCGCCCACCGUAGAAUAUUCUUUUUUAAAAAGAAAUCAAUCUGUAUUAACUUUAAACCAUUUAGCUGAAGCAUGCAGAUCACACUUAAUUCGCUUGAAAUCAUAUAACAAUCUAUUUAUAGGUGCAUCAUCUAAUGCUUAUGGAUGAUUGAGCUAUCUUUUAAGAUUAAACUAAAGCUUUAGCUUUCUACAUUUAUUUAGUUCUAAAGGUUGUAUCGAAGUUCAGGCACUAUCUAUUUUCUUUUUGCUCAAAUUUUUAUAUGUUCCUUGGACGUCAAUUUUCACUUACAUUUCUUAGGUUUGAACGAUAACUGGAAUUUAACAUGUAACUACUUUCCCAUGCGAAGUUUUCAACAUCUAACCUGUCAUCUACUUAUACUAAGAACUACAUGACAAGUGAGGAAGUGAGUUGGGUUUUACGGCGAAUCGACAAAAGAAGGUCAUAUAUCGCCGAGAACGUUAAUUGUAAAGCAUACCUAAAAUCAUUUAUAUAAAA